AUAAAACGCCAUUCAAACCGAUUCAAACAGAGGGUUCCCUGACCAGUUUGCUGUUAAACGAGAAGAAGAGAAAUUAUGGACAGAAUACGACCGAACUUAGUCUGUCGCUAUCUUCUGCUGCUUCUUUGCGUCUCUGGUGCCGUUUUUCAUGAGACCGAGACACCUCUGCGUAAGGAUGAAUUCGACAAAAAUUCAACGCCCGUUACGGCCGUACAGCCAUACAGACACCCGAGAAUGUACCGGCGCGGAUACCAGGAAGAACACGAUUACGAACACGAUCAUCACGACGAUCACAUGGACGAUCAGAAAGAAAUGAAGGCUAUAGCGCACUCCAACGUCGACUAUUGGGGCGGAUACUACGACUUCCUCAUCAACGAGGGCAGCUACAAGUUCUGGGCUGUGUUUCAACUGGCCACCGCAGCCCUCCUCAUCUACAGCGGCUUCGCAGCGCUUUACUAUGCUAAAGUGAACCCUCCGACCACGGAUGACGAGUUCGACGAUAUAUUUCGUCGUCGAAGAAGACGAAGAGCACUGUACGUGUCUCCACGUGACAUGCCUUUCUGCGGUUUGGACAGCGCCACGUUCCAAAGGAUAAUCGACGCCGUUUCCAAGGAAGUUCAUUGACAAAGGGACACAUUUCACAGAAAUUUUCACCAAAACUCUAUCUACGAAUUCUGUGACUUUGCAAGGAAAAAUCAUCCGCAGCUACCCACGCGAGAGAUUAUUUAUAUUUAUGAAAUCGAGUCGGUUUCCGCAGAGUGCUUCGAAGCUUAAUUUUUACGAUUUUUGCAUUACUGGAAAUAUCUACGGUUAAGUUGCAACGAUUGCAUUACACUUGGCGAUUUGUAUAUAUGUAUAGCGACUGUGUGUAUAAUUAAAUUAGUUUCAUAUUUUCUUGUGUCGAGUACAUAGAAUAUAUACCCAUUGUUUAGUAACAAUAUUAAUUAGUACCAGUCCUGAUUUUGAACCGUUUGGGUCAAAGUUAUCUUUACGUGGUUAAUUCGAACCUAUUAUGUAACGCAUUCAUUAUGUGCGAGCGAUAAAUUAAUA